AAAAUCAAUUACGAUAUCAAACAAGUUAUUAAAAAAAAAUCUUUUUCUAAUCAAACGAACAAAAACAAAACAAAAAAAUUGAAUGAAUCAAUUAUGAAUCGUAAUCUAAUUAUCAAAGAUGUUGAAAUAUUUUUGGAUCGUGAUCGUAAAAUAUAUGAAAUGGAUGAAAUGGUACAUGGUAAAUUACGUAUAUCAUUUCAAGGUGAAUUACAUUUAUCCAAAUUAAGAAUCGGUAUUGUUUGUAUGUCAAAAAUACGUAAUGCUGAUGAUACAUUUGAUCAAAAAAAAUUAUUAGAAGAAUUUUAUGAAUUACCACGUGCCGUUAGCUCACAAAUACUUCGUAGUGGUCGUCAUGAAAUACCAUUUCGUUUUCGAUUACCAAAUGAUAGUGAAUCACCACCAUCAUUUGAUGGACGUUAUGGUUGUAUUAAUUAUUUUGUUGAAUGUAUAAUCGAUAAAGAAGGUGAAUUAGGACAUCGUUAUGGUGUUGAAAUUAAAUUGGAAAAUCCUGUACGAAAAAGUUUAAUGCUUUCUGUAAGUGGUAGUUCGGAAAAAGAUUUAGGAUUAUUUUGUUUUGGUUCUGGUUCGGUUUCAAUUGAAGCUAUAAUUUCACGAAAAGGACAUGUUGCAGGUAAGCUAUUUGUUUGUGUAACUUAUAAUUAUUAUUUAUCAAUUUUUUCAAAAAAACAAGGUGAAACAAUCAAAUUAAAAACUUUGAUCAAUAAUACAUCAACAUUAAAAGUACAACCACGUGCUGCAUUAUAUCAAACACAAAUAUUUAUGUCUGGUGAUCGUCAUCGUACAUUGGAAAUUGUAUUAGUCGAUCCAAUUAAUGGUAGUGAAGUUGAUCCAACCGAAGUAAUUGAAGAUAUAAUUGAAAUACCAAUACCAACAAGAGCUCAAUUAACAAUGAAAUCAACAAUAAUAACAAUAAAAUAUUUUGUACAUGUUACAUUAGAUAUACCACAUAAUAUUGAUUUACAUAUUAAUUUACCUAUUGUUAUUACAAAUAAAAGUUCAAUGUUAGAAGCACGUGAAUUAGAACAAAAACAACAACAACAACAUCAAUCAUUAAAUAGACAUUUAAAUUCAUUUGAAGAUAAACCAAAAUCAAGAAAAAUAUUAGGUAUUGCAAGUAAAGCAAGACAAGCAUCAACUAGUUCAUCAAAUUAUGAUGAUACUGAUGAAUUUGAAUGAUCAGCCAAUUCUGAUAUUUUUUUCUGUUAUUAACCUGGGCCAAAAUCACUCUUCUCUUUUUUCUUUAUAUCUGCCACACCAUUAUUCAUUAUUAU